AUGACCCGUCGCAGGAAGGGGCCACGAUGGAAAGAGAGAGUCGGUGAAAGCGGAAAAGAAACCAGGCCGGUGGUAAGGAGGUGGAGGCUGAAACAAUGUCUGCCCGGAGGUUACGCAGUGACGACUACGAUGACUACAGUUCGACAGAAGUUUCUCCAGACAGCAGCCCCCAAGAAGGCUUGAGCGGCUUUUCCUCCCCAUCAUCCUACCAGCGGUUUGGAGAACCGGAUGGGACAACAUGGUUUCAAACUUUAAUACACCUCUUGAAAGGGAACAUCGGCACAGGCUUACUGGGGCUCCCCUUAGCUGUGAAAAAUGCUGGCAUUGUGAUGGGCCCCAUCAGUUUGCUUGUGAUCGGAAUAAUUGCUGUUCACUGUAUGCAUAUCCUGGUGAAGUGUGCCCAUCAUUUCUGCAACAAACACCAAAAGCCGUUUGUGGAUUAUGGAGAUGCUGUGAUGCAUGGACUGGAAGCCAGCCCCAGUGCUUGGCUCAGGGAUCAUUCCAUCUGGGGAAGGCAUGUAGUGGGUUUUUUCUUGAUUCUCACUCAGCUGGGGUUUUGCUGUGUGUAUUUUGUAUUCUUAGCUGACAAUCUGAAACAGAUAAACUUGGAGGAUCUCAUCAUCAUCCUGCAGAACAAGGAGGUGCUUUUCCUUCCUUCUAACAUAGGGAGAAAGGGAACUCAUUCAUUCAAUAAAGAGGCUUCUUCUGGAUUGAGUAAUGGGAAGGAAGUGGAGGUCUUCCAAGGGUGGUCUGCCAUAGGUCUGCUAGCGAUUCUGAUUCCUCGGCUGGACAUCGUCAUCUCUCUGGUGGGCUCUGUGAGCAGCAGUGCACUAGCCCUGAUCAUUCCGCCCCUUCUGGAGAUUUCCACAUACUACUCCGAAGGCAUGCAUCCCGCUACCUUGGCCAAAGAUGUGGUGAUCAGUCUCCUGGGUUUCAUUGGAUUUGUGGUGGGGACCUAUGAGUCUCUCUUGGAACUCAUUGCACCAGCAGCCCCCAAUGCCACAAGUGCCUUACUGUGACAUCACUUUCAGUUCUUCAUUGCCAUUGAAUAUUUCCCCAGCCAUUUGGUCAGAUUCUUGGUUCUUCCUCUAGCAGCUCAACUGAUUUUUGUCCCAUUCUGCUUUCCGAGCAUCUGUGUUCUGCAGCCUUAAGGACCAGGCUACUGUGGGAAAAGGGAGCACAGGCUUUUUAUUUCUCUGGCUUGAUAAGGCCUGAGAACCCUCAUGAUGUGGGGAUUGGCCUCUGGUUGUAAUGGAAAUACCGCUUUCUGUUCAUCUGGGAACAGACACUAAAUAGUCUGCAAGGAUUGAUUCUUAGUUACUAGAUUUCUGGAUUUAGAGAAAUUAAUGUGUGGGAAUUAAGAAUCUCAUAAUUCUGAACAGGUGGAUUUGAGUCCUGUAGCACCUUAGAGACCAACAAGAUUUUCAAGGGAUAAAUUUUCAAGAGUCAAAUCUUUGUCAAAAACAAGUCAGAAUUGAAAUCUGAGUCUUUUUGUUCCAAUCAGAAGGUAGGAGGCGUGUUGUAAAGAAUGCAAAGGUACAGUGUUCUGGUCACCCUUAUAAAAACCUUUAAGCAUAUUACCAAGCCUUGAGAGGAAAGACCCCCCCCCAUUCCCCUUUGGAUUCUGUUCCAAAGCACUUCCACCUGAUUACAUGAAGCUCUUACUGGGUACACAUCUCCAUGUCUAUCUUAGCAAACAGUGUGAUCCGGAAAUGGCAUUCAGAAGUAGUGGCCAGUGCUGAGGAAAGACAGACAGGUAGCAGCACUUAAAGGAGUUGGACUUCUUUUGCACAGGCAUUUUUAAUAUUUGUGAGAGAGAAAGAGGCCAGGAGAAGAUCAAUUGUGAACAUUUAUGCAGAUGCUGUAUACUCUCAAGUGUAUGUUUCUAUCUCGUCCAUUGUGGUCCCUAUAUUAACUGUCUGGAAAUGGUUAAUGAGUUAUAUGCCCCAUAAAAUGGAGGCAACGUCAGUCAGACUGUGUGCAGAAGAUGGUCAGAAGAGAAGUAAAUCUAAUAUUCUUGAUUAAAUAGCUAAUACCCCAGAGGACAGAGUCAGAAUUCAAAAUGACCUGGACAGAUUAGAGAGCUGGACCAAAACAAACAAAAUGAAUUUUAACAGAGAUAAAUGUAAAAUACUACAC